CACGGCCUCGGAGCCACGGGCGCCCGCCCCGCCCCGCCCCGCCCCGCGCCUCCCCGCGCCGGCUCCGCAGCUCGCGCCUGCCCGCCUGCCGGCCCGCCCGGCGCCGGGCCAUGGCGCUGCUGCGGGAUGUGUCGCUGCAGGACCCGCGGGACCGCUUCGAGUUGCUGCAGCGCGUGGGGGCCGGGACCUAUGGCGACGUCUACAAGGCCCGCGACACGGUCACGUCCGAACUGGCCGCCGUGAAGAUAGUCAAGCUAGAUCCAGGGGACGACAUCAGCUCCCUCCAGCAGGAAAUCACCAUCCUGCGUGAGUGCCGCCACCCCAAUGUGGUGGCCUACAUUGGCAGCUACCUCAGGAAUGACCGCUUGUGGAUCUGCAUGGAAUUCUGCGGAGGGGGCUCUCUGCAGGAGAUUUACCAUGCCACUGGACCCCUGGAGGAGCGGCAGAUUGCCUACGUCUGCCGAGAGGCACUGAAGGGGCUCCACCACCUGCAUUCUCAAGGAAAGAUCCAUAGAGACAUCAAGGGAGCCAACCUUCUCCUCACUCUCCAGGGAGAUGUCAAACUGGCUGACUUUGGGGUGUCAGGCGAGCUGACAGCGUCUGUGGCCAAGAGGAGGUCUUUCAUUGGGACUCCCUACUGGAUGGCUCCUGAGGUGGCUGCUGUGGAGCGCAAAGGUGGCUACAACGAGCUAUGUGACGUCUGGGCCCUGGGCAUCACUGCCAUUGAGCUGGGCGAGCUGCAGCCCCCUCUGUUCCACCUGCACCCCAUGAGGGCCCUGAUGCUCAUGUCGAAGAGCAGCUUCCAGCCGCCCAAACUGAGAGAUAAGACUCGCUGGACCCAGAAUUUCCACCACUUUCUCAAACUGGCCCUGACCAAGAAUCCUAAGAAGAGGCCAACAGCAGAGAAGCUCCUGCAGCACCCGUUCACAACUCAGCAGCUCCCUCGGGCCCUCCUCACACAGCUGCUGGACAAAGCCAGUGACCCUCAUCUGGGGACCCCCUCCCCUGAGGACUGUGAGCUGGAGACCUAUGACAUGUUUCCAGACACCAUUCACUCCCGGGGGCAGCACGGCCCGGCCGAGAGGACCCCCUCGGAGAUCCAGUUUCACCAGGUGAAAUUUGGCGCCCCACGCAGGAAGGAAACUGACCCACUGAAUGAGCCGUGGGAGGAAGAGUGGACACUACUGGGAAAGGAAGAGCUGAGUGGGAGCCUGCUGCAGUCGGUCCAGGAGGCCCUGGAGGAAAGGAGUCUGACCAUUCGGUCAGCCUCAGAAUUCCAGGAGCUGGACUCCCCAGACGAUACCAUGGGAACCAUCAAGCGGGUCCCGUUCCUAGGGCCACUCCCCACUGAGCCUCCAGCAGAGGAGCCUCUGUCCAGUCCCCCAGGAACCCUGCCCCCACCUCCUUCAGGCCACAACAGCCCCCCAUUGCUGCCCACGGCCUGGGCCACCAUGAAGCAGCGGGAGGAUCCUGAGAGGUCAUCCUGCCACGGGCUCCCCCCAACUCCCAAGGUGCAUAUGGGCGCCUGCUUCUCCAAGGUCUUCAAUGGCUGCCCCCUGCGGAUCCACGCUGCUGUCACCUGGAUUCACCCUGUUACUCGGGACCAGUUUCUGGUGGUAGGGGCCGAGGAAGGCAUCUACACACUCAACCUGCAUGAACUACAUGAGGAUACACUGGAGAAGCUGAUUUCACAUCGCUGCUCCUGGCUCUACUGCGUGAACAACGUGCUGCUGUCACUCUCAGGGAAAUCCACGCACAUCUGGGCCCAUGACCUCCCAGGCCUGUUUGAGCAGCGGAGGCUACAGCAACAGGUUCCCCUCUCCAUCCCCACCAACCGCCUCACCCAGCGCAUCAUCCCCAGGCGCUUUGCUCUGUCCACCAAGAUUCCUGACACCAAAGGCUGCUUGCAGUGUCGUGUGGUGCGGAACCCCUACACGGGUGCCACCUUCCUGCUGGCCGCCCUGCCCACCAGCCUGCUCCUGCUGCAGUGGUAUGAGCCGCUGCAGAAGUUCCUGCUGCUGAAGAACUUCUCCAGCCCUCUGCCCAGCCCAGCUGGGAUGCUGGAGCCGCUGGUGCUGGAUGGGAAGGAGCUGCCGCAGGUGUGUGUGGGGGCCGAGGGGCCUGAGGGGCCCGGCUGCCGCGUCCUGUUCCAUGUCCUGCCCCUGGAGGCUGGCCUGACACCCGAUAUCCUCAUCCCACCUGAGGGGAUUCCAGGCUCGGCCCAGCAGGUGAUCCAGGUGGACAGGGACACAAUCCUAGUCAGCUUUGAACGCUGUGUGAGGAUUGUCAACAUGCAGGGCGAGCCCACGGCCACACUGGCACCUGAGCUGACCUUUGAUUUCCCCAUCGAGACUGUGGUGUGCCUGCAGGACAGCGUGCUGGCCUUCUGGAGCCAUGGGAUGCAAGGCCGCAGCCUGGAUACCAACGAGGUGACCCAGGAGAUCACAGAUGAAACAAGGAUCUUCCGAGUGCUUGGGGCCCACAGAGACAUCAUCCUGGAGAGCAUUCCCACUGACAACCCAGAGGCGCACAGCAACCUCUACAUCCUCACGGGCCACCAGAGCACCUACUAAGAGCGGCGGGCCUGUCCAGGGGCUCCCCACCCCACCCCAUGCCUUAGCUGUAGGCCCUUUUGGGCAAAGGGGCCCAUCCCAGACCAGAGGAGCCCAGGCCCUGGCCCUGCUGGGGCUGAAGGUCAGGAGUAAUCCUGAGAAAUGUUUCAGGCCUGGGGAGGGAGGGGAGCCCCCACGCCUCUGCAAUAACUGGACCAGGGGGAGCUGCUGUCACUCCCCCAUCUCCGAGGCAGCCCAGUCCCUAGUGCCCAAGGCAGGGACCCUGGGCCUGGGCCAUCCAUUCCAUUUUGUUCCACAUUUCCUUUCUACUCUUUCUGCCAACAGCCUGCCCCUUCAUUUGUCCUGGGAAACACGGUAUUUAAGAGAGAAUUAUAUUGGUAUUAAAGCUGGUUUGUUUUAGUCCUCUGGUCCUUCUGGGUGGGGGGAGUGAACCCA